UUUUCAGCCUCGUAUCCUGAUUAAAUGCUAUAAGAACGGGAAUUCGCCAAGACACCUCAACAAAACGUUUCUGUCUUUUCAACAGAGCAAACAUCAUUUCAGAAUCACUGCAAACUUUUUUGCCAAUUUUAUUCUCUGCAAUUUUUCUUCGACCUUUGAUCCAACUAGAUAAACUUCGGUUUGCCAGCAGCAAUAAAACUCAUCACCAUUACCAGCAUCAACUGCAAGCAUCCUAACCAGCACCAACAUCACCAGAAAGGAAUAAAAGAAAAGGAAACAACAGCAACGAAAAUACCGACAGUAGCAGAAACAAGAAGAGAUAAUCUUUGAAUCACGUGCCAAUUAUAAAUACAUAAAUAAACUUGAAUUAAAUUCCAAAUCCCAGAAAUUAUUCUUCAGAAGAACAGGAAUGGCUCUUCACAGUAUCAAAAAUAUGUAUUGCCUUCUUUUCGGUGUUGUUGCUAUGAUGUGUCUAUUAGACUUCUCAGCGGCACAAAGAAAUAUAACCAGUUUCUACACAAGGAGUAAGCUUAACAUCUCUGAAGACAUAGACGUAUGUGAUAAUGAUGUAAUUCACAGAUCUGUGUGUAAUAUGUCGUGUGAGGUAAACUUCGACAGCAAUCGUUUCCCACAGAGAAUCGCUGAAUACACGUGUAUCCCACCUGCUGGAUGCGAGCUUAACUCAUGUUCAUUCCCAACAUCUCAUAAAUAUGGCUGCGUACAGGUGAAGUCGAUCAUGACAGUGUUUCGGGCCCACAAUUGCAAUAAUGUGACUGAAUACAGAGCUGAAAAUUUUAAAUAUCGUUCAGGCUGUAUUUGCGAAGACCAUACAAAGACUAAUUAAUUAAAGCGCAUGCUUUCUGGACAAUUGCCUAUAUUACCUGUGCCAUGUCUGUUGACCUAAU